AUGGAUCUCGAUAAGUUAGCGGCUGUAGCAGCUCAGUUAGGCUUGUCUGGUGCGGAACUUCGCGAAUGGAUUGAGCGAGAGCAAAUUAGGCAGAGAGAUGAGCGUGCAUCUGAGAGAGAAGAGGCCAAAGAAGCAGCCGAGAGACAACGGUUAGCGGACGAGAGGCAACGGUUAGCAGACGAGAGGCAGCUGCAAAUCCUCCAACUUGAGCUCCAGCUUCAGGAAAGUGCUCAAAGUCAGCCAUCUGCGGCGGCAGCACUCGCCCCAUCGGCAAACCCGUCAUGCCUGAAUCCGCAGAAGUUACUACCGCUAUUUGACGAGCGACGCGAUGACCUGCACGCGUAUUUGCAGAGGUUUGAACGCGUGGCUACUGGGCAAGAAUGGCCAAGAGAUAAAUGGGGAGUAGCCGUAAGCAUGUGCUUAACUGGUGAGGCACUCACUGUCAUUGGUCGAAUGACUGCUGACGAGGCCCUCGACUAUGAUAAAGUGAAAAAAGCCCUACUUCAGCGCUUCAGAAUCACGGCACAAGGAUAUAAAGACAAAUUUCGGAAAGCCCGGUCUGAAGAUGGCGAAACAGGGAAACAACUAGCAGCAAGGAUCUCGAGCUAUUUUGAUAACUGGAUUGAGAUGGCUGAUGUGCCCCAAACAUUUGAGGGUCUUCGUGACCAUGUUAUAGCCGAGCAAUUCUUGCGUUGCUGUAAUCCGAAGCUGGCCAUCUUCCUGAAAGAGAGGGAAUGCAAAACCCUUACAUCCCUUUCAGAGUGCACCGACCGCUUUCUCGAAGCACAGGGAGUCAAUAACAUUGGUAAAAUUGCAGUUGAUACAAAGGAGGCAAAUAAACCCGGUGCUAUGUCAGAGUAUAAACAGCCGAGUUGCUUUCUGUGUCACCGCAAAGGACAUAGCGCUCCAGGUUGUCGUGCGGUUCUGAAAGAGUCUGUGAAAUGCAAAACAUGUGGGCGGCUUGGCCACAAAGCCACCGAUUGCAAGGAUCAGAGCAAAAACAAGUCGGUGUCUUGUGCCAUGAUAGAACAGAAAAAACAGGAUUACUUCCCUAUGGCUAAGUCCAAGGAUGAGACAUGCGCUGCUGAAUGCCCCAAGAAGUGCGAGAACCAACCUAUGUUUUUAGUCGACAACAUGCCAGUGGUCGAAGGACGGGUGCUUGGACAACGUGCACGUGUCUUACGAGACACAGGGAGCAACACGACCAUCGUCCGACGCGAGUUCGUGCCGGAUCGGUGCCUGACCGGGAAGACGGCAAGAGUUAUGCUUUUGGAUGGAAAGGCCAAGAAACUACCGGAAGCAAACAUACAGAUACACACGCCCUACUUCGUUGGUGAUGUAAACGCUUUAUGCAUGACUAACCCUUUGUACGACCUCGUGCUCGGCAAUAUUCCAGGAGUAAAAGGACCACAGGAGCCAGAUACUACCUGGGAGUACUCUGAUGCCCUGUUCCCUGAAUCGACUGGUUCGAGCAAAAUCCCGGCAUGCUGGGAAAAGUCAACCUUGCUUUCUGCCGUCGUACGGACGCAGGGGAAGACGGAGAGUAUGAUGAAGAUUCCGCUAGUUGGUUCGCUAGAAGUGACCCGAGUGCAGCUAACUGAGAGCCAAAAAGACGACCCAAGUCUGAAGAGUUGCUUCAGCAAGAUUGGGAAGGAGUUUCACUCCAAUAAAGACACGACGUACCACUUUUAUGAAGAGGCUGGUCUACUGUAUCGACAUUACCGCCUUUCCACGGGGAGGACCUUAAGCAAGUAG